CCUGAACCCAUCGAAAUUGACGUAGUCCGGACCGAAACCCUGAACCCUACCGCCCCCACGUCGCCGGCAACCGCGACCGAGCAGCCACCGCCGCGACGAUGGCUCUCCUCCUCAAGCGCAACCACCACCUCUCCACCACUUCCCGCCUCCUUCUCCGCCGCCUAUGCGCCACCGACCCCACCACAGAGCCGGCGCCCGACUCGCCGCCGCCACCGGCUCCCGACUCGCCACCGCCCAUGACUCCCGCGGAAGCCAAGCUCCUGGACUCGCUCCACGCGGCGAUCCUCGACCACAGCCGCGCCCACCCUUCGACCGCGCUCCCCGCCUCGCCGCCAUUCGAGCCCCUCCCCGCGCUCUCCUCCACCCUCGCCGGCCUCCUCCCUUCCCCGCCCGCGCCGCACCUCGCGCUCCAGCUCCUCGGCCGCCUCCUCGCGCUCCGCCGCGGCGUCCCGUUCCCGGAGGCCCUCACGUUCUUCCACCACGUCCUCCCGUCGCUCCCCGCGGACUCGCUCCCCGCGCUCUACGCCGCUAUGAUCGACCUGCUCGCGAAGCACCACCACUUCCCGCUCGCUCGGCACCUGCUCGACGAAAUGCGCGAGCGCUCCAUCCCCGUCUCGUCGCAGGUCAUCCUCGCCAUAAUCCGCCGCUACGUCCGGGCGGGGAUGUCUGCCGAGGCCUCCGAGCUGUUCCGUCGCAUGGAGGAGUAUGGCGCCGGGGUCCCCGACCCUGCGGUGCUCGCGUCUCUCCUUGGCGCACUGUCCAAGAAGCGCCUCGCCAGUGAGGCCCAGGCCCUGUUCGACAGCUACAAGUCGGUAUUUCCUCCUGAUGUAGUGCUCUACACGACCCUGGUGCAUGCCUGGUGUCGGGCCGGGUGUCUCGACAAGGCAGAGCAGGUGUUCGCUGAGAUGCAGCAGGCGGGGAUCAUGCCGAACGUGUACACCUACACUUCUGUGAUUGAUGCCAUGUACCGCGCGGGGCAGGUGCCCCGUGCGCAGGAGCUCCUCUGCCAGAUGAUUGACACCGGGUGUCCGCCAAACACUGCGACCUUCAACGCCAUCAUGCGGGCUCAUGUCAAGGCCGGGCGUUCUGAGCAGGUGCUGCAGGUGCACAACCAGAUGCGGCAGCUUGGUUGUGAUCCGGACAUUAUCACAUACAAUUUCUUGAUGGAGACACAUUGCGGGAAGGGGCAGAGCAACCUUGACGCAGCGAUGAAAGUGCUCGCCAAGAUGAUUGCCAAGGGGUGUAUUCCUGACUGCCACACGUUCAAUCCCAUGUUGAAGCUGGUCCUGGGGACCGGCAAUGUAGAAGCUGCACGGAAGCUGUACGAACGGAUGCAGGAGCUGCAGUGCAAGCCGAAUGUGGUGACUUAUAAUUUGCUUAUGAAGUUGUUCAAUAAGGAGAAGUCGAUGGACAUGGUGCUGAGGAUAAAGAAGGACAUGGAUGCACAAGGUGUGGAGCCAAAUGUGAACACCUAUGGAGCUCUAAUCGAGUCAUUCUGUGGGAGGGGAAACUGGAGGCGCGCUCAUGCGACGCUGAGGGAAAUGGUCGAGGAGAAAUCCCUGAAACCCACGAAACCAGUGUAUGAUAUGGUGCUGAUGCUGCUGAGGAAGGCCGGACAGCUCAGGAAGCAUGAAGAGCUUGUGGAAUCAAUGGCUGACCGGGGCUUCAUCAAGCGCCCAUCAGAGGAUGCCUUGUGGAAGGCAGUAGCUGCUUCCUAAACAUUUUUUCCCAUAUGAUCCAAAAGGACCGGGAAGUUCCAGCUAUCAGCAUGAUAAUGGAACGACGUAGUACCAGCAUCCAGUACGGAAACAAAGAGAAUAUGAGGUUCUGCUGCCGCCCAAUGCUAGCAGCAGCUAAGGAGCUAGAAGGUUCGAGUAAACAUAAAUGACAGCAUAAAUUUGUAGAACAGCACUGAGUGCUGUGCAUAGAUGGCCAGGCACAUCAGGCAAACAACGUUGAUCAGGCACAUCAACUUCACCAGCAGCUACAGGCACCAUGUUUUCUGCUUGCUUCCUUAAGUUAUUAUUGUUGUGCAAUCUUAUAAGAGUGGUAUUUUUUUUCUUUCAAAUCUGGUGUGUUGUAUCCUAGUAUAGAGUAAUAAUGUUUCCCUAGUAAUACUGAUAGAAAUUGACGUUUCGAAUUCCUACACUACAAAAUUUGAAAUAUUUCUUGUCUUCAAUCAGACGAUGACACUGCUUUUCGGCCGGCAGUAUCUGCUUCCUGGUGUCUACUAGUAUGUCUUGCUAGACUGUUAUUGAAGUGCAAUCUUGUCUGAAUUCUCAACACUAGCCACAGAUGUUUAUAAACCUCUUGGUGUCAAUCAUCCACCGACCGUACCUGAUUAAGGGCCUGUUUGGAGUCCCUCCGCUCCAAGAGGCCGCUCCCGGAGUCAGACGGAGUUCCAGUUAAAAAGUACAGAGCGAGCGGAACGGUACUCUGCAGACGGAGCGGGUGGACUGCCGAACGGCCCCUAAUUAGCCGGUUCUUCCUCCUUCUGGCAUGUUUUGGAAAGCUGUACUACACUGAUCCGGCGAAGCAAAUCAUCCAACCACCGUACCUGAUCUGAUUCUUCUUUCUUGGGUUAUGUCUGGGAAAGCUCAAAGCUGUAGUACUACACUAAUUCGGUGGAGCAAAGCAGUACCCUGUAGGCCAGUAGAGUAGGUACCAUGCAAUCUGUUUGACAUUUGCACAGGGCUUUAGGUUAGGAUGCAUCAAUCUCUGAUCUGGGUUGGUAGUG